AUGGCGACCCGGUCAAUGGCGGCGGCAAAGGCGGUGGAUCAUGUGGAGGUGGAGGAGGAGGAGGAGGAGGAAGAGGAAGAAGGAGGAGACCUUGGCUUGGGCUUUUUUGGUAAUGUGGACAAUGUAGACCUUUCUGACAGCGACGACGAGGACAGCGCGGGAAACGGUGAGGGUGAGGGCAAGCGUGCCAAGCGUGGAGACGACGGCGAGCCAGCACCUGCACUGCCCGGCGUGGACGAACUCUUGGCUGGCAGGCAAUCCGGCCCCUCCUACCUGGACACGCGUGGCCUCUACGCGGGGCGGCAUGUCGAGACCUUUGACACCCGCAUUGAGCCCAAGGCCAAGGUGUUUGUCAAGCGUGCACCCUCAGCCAAGCGAGUUCAAGAAAAGGCAGAGCGAGCACAGGCCAUGGCGGCCAAGAACAGCGGCCUAGUCAAUGAGAUCACGGCAGCAGCACAAGCCAUGAGCUCGACCUACCAGUAUCACAAGGUGGAGCCUGAGGACGAGGAGUAUCGAGCCUACAUGGUCAAAGACGAUGACAGCGAAGACAAAGCCGGACACGAUUCCUCCCGAAAGGCAUCCAACUUCAAUAGCAAGGAAAAGCGCAAGCGAGAUUUGGGUCAAACGAGCCGUGGCAAGAGCUAUGUAGAGGAGGAGAAGCGACUGUUACGACAACAAUCGGCGCAAGGUGGGUAUGGCUUUGACUGA